AUGAGAUUUUUUCUCAUAUUCUCUUUCUGCUGUUUUACUGUGCUUUCCCAGCGUCAAUAUUUUGAUCACAAAUUCUUGACAAUUCGGACAAGUUUAGAGAAUGAGAAGGUUUUAAAGGAGCUUGCUCAAAAGCUUGAUUUCCACCGAUUCUCCUCAAGGUUAAAUGGGAAAAACUUGAUUCUCCUAAAGCCACACGAGAUUGAAAAAACAAAAGAUCUGCUGAAGAAAAAUGGGACUACAUUUGAGAUAAAAGAUGUUGGUUACAUUAAAUAUUCGGGAAAAGGAAUCGAUUAUUUAUCGACUCGAGGAGAUUUCAAUAUCUCUACCUAUAAUGAUUUCGAUUUGCAAAUGGAAUCCCUUGACUCGUUGACUCAAAAAUACAAGAGAAAAGUCAAGAAGAUUGUUCUCGGGGAAACUUUUGAGAAACGACCAUUGGUUGCGCUCAAGCUUGGUUUCGAAUCGAAGAACUCAAAACCAUCGAUUUUCAUGAAUGCGGGGAUUCACGCGAGAGAAUGGAUCACGUCAAGUUCGAUCCUGUGGCUAAUCAAUGAACUUCUGUCCAAUGAGUCGUACAAGGAGUUCUUGAAAGAUCUCGAUAUUUACAUCGCUCCAAUGUGGAACCCUGAUGGCUAUCAAUUCAGUCGAACUAAAGAAAGAAAUUGGAGAAAGAAUCGACGAUUCUACGAAGAUCCCGAAGAUGAAGAGAUUUGUGUGGGAAUUGACUUGAAUAGAAACUAUCCAUUCAAAUGGAAACACCAGAAAUGCUCUAAUGAAAAUGGAAGCGGUCCAGUGGGCGGAUCCGAAUUGGAAACACAAGCGUUGAUGAAAUUUUUGACUAAAAAUAAAGAUCAACUCAAGGGUUAUAUCGAUUUUCACAGCUUCGGUGAACAUAUUCUCUAUCCAUUUGCAUACAAGAAACACAUCUAUCCGACAAAUGUCGAAGAAUUGAAACUUAUCGGCAAGAAAAUGCAAAAAGCUAUCGCAACAGUGCGCGACACCGAGUAUGAUUUGAUAAAUAUCGCUGACGGAAUGUAUCCUGCUCCUGGGUCGACGGCUGACUAUGCGAAAUCGAUUGGAAUUCGUUAUUCGUAUGGCUUUGAGCUGGUUCCGGAUGGAAAACAUGGAAUAGAUGGAUUUAACGUACCGGACACGGAAAUCGAGCCGACUGGCCGUGAAGUGCUUGCCGCACUUCGAGUCCUCUUUGAGAGAAUCAUUCGUGAUGAUGAAAAAACGAGUCUAAACCAGAAGACAAGGACAAGUAUGCACUUG